AGUUUGGUUUCAUCUUCUUCUGCUUAAAUAUAUACUCUUUUGUUUUCUGGAAUACUUUUUUUUGUAGCAUUUCACACACAAACAAGCACAUUUAGAAACAUACAAGGGUUAGAUUGCGAAAGAAUAAAGAACAUGAAACGGCAACGUUUGAUGGUCCUGGUCAACAGCGACAAAACAUAAAAGAAAUGGGAUCGUCGUCGUCGUACCCGUCAGCCUCAACCAAAGUAGUAAAAAAAAGACAGAUUCCGCCGCACGUUGUUCUAAAUCGAAACAUUUGUACAAACAGCGACUCGCAAUAAAUCCAUCUUUGCCAUUCUUUUUCCUUAACCUGGCUUGUAUGUAACACUGAUUACUGAGUAAGCCAUCUCAGAAAACUAAACUACAAAUAAAAAGGCGUCACCUUUAUACAAUUCUUGAGAGAGAGAGAGAGAGAGGAUUAAAAAUGGUGUGGUUGACGGAGCAACAGAUCGGGAGAUGGAAAAGGAAACGAAUUUUGAUGGUGGGAUCGUUUAUGUGUUGGUUAAUCAUCAUGUUCAUCACUCCCAAAGUUCCUCUUCGUCACCAUCUCUUUGCUGAUAAACGCAAUUUCAUGGGAGUGCCUAACACAUUGAAUGUGAUAACCAACUUUCCCUUUCUUAUUAUUGGGGUUCUUGGUUUUGUUCUUUGCCUUGGUGGAAGCUUCUUCAAUAUAAGUUUGAAAGGUGAGAUCUGGGGAUGGACAUUGUUCUACGCUGGUAUUGCUAGCUUCGCCUUUGGUUCUGCUUUUUAUCAUCUCAAACCUGAUGACAACAGAAUCGUCUGGGACACUUUACCUAUAUUGAUUGCGUAUUCGUCGCUUUUCUCUAGUUUUUUGGUUGAGAGAGCGGGGGAGAGAGUGGGACUAAGUUGCCUCAUCUUGCUUCUAUUCACAUCAUUUCUCAGCAUUGCUUACGCCAGAGUGUUUAAUGAUCUCCGGUUAUGCAUGACGUUCCAGUUGAUUCCAUGUCUGGUGAUUCCCGUCAUGACAGUUUUGUUACCUCCCAAGUAUACUCACUCUAGAUUCUGGCUCUGGGCAACAGCGGCUUACGCUAUUGCCAAGAUUCAAGGACUUGCAGACAACAAAAUUUACAAUACCAAUCGAUAUAUCAUCAGUGGGCAUUCACUGGGGCAUUUGUGUUCAGCUGUGGCUACGCUUUUACUUACCAUCAUGCUUUUGUAUAGAAGCAUUCGGUUUCAUAGAUUAGGUGAUCUCAAAGGCCGUCCUUGACAUCCAUUACUGACUAGGUUUUUUUUUGGUUUUCUGAUGCUUCUGUACACUUUGUAUUAAAGAUUUUGUUGGGUUAUUAAAUAGCUUUUUUGACCCAUGAUCCCACUGAAAACAUCGUUGGUUCGGUGUAAUCUUUAUUCCUGGUUUUGAAAUAGCUUUAUUGAGUUUCUCAAGUCUUUUUUUGUUUGGACAAUGAACAACUUUGGACUUGUAGUAACUAAGAAGAAACCAAAAGAAUAAUCAUAACCCACAAAUUCACCUUUUAUUU